CUUACAGUGUGGAGUGUCUUUGCUCAUGCGUGAUUUGACUCCGGCGCCACUCCGGACCUUUUGCGCACAGACGCUUGUAGUGUGUCAUCGGACGUGGAGUUGUGUGAGCAUGUGUGUGUGUGUGUGUCAGUCCUGUCAGUGAACAGUCCUGUGUGUGUGUGUAUGUGUGUGUGUGCCAGUCGGAUCGAUACAGCAGCAAUUAGCCAGCUCCCAUUAAGCAGCCAGUCAGUGUGUUCAUCUGCCGCUGCUGUCUCCUCCGACAACAACAGCUGGCAUGUGUGAGUAGAAAGCCCGCGAGGCUCACCCACAGCACCCAGAGGUGUCUCCAAACAUGGACAGGAUCGGGGUGUCAUUCCUGGACCCUUUAGAUGACUACGAGUUAAUUCACCGGAUUGGGUGCGGCACCUAUGGAGAUGUGUUCAAGGCCCGUAACAUCAGGACGUCUGAACUGGCAGCUAUCAAGAUUGUCAAGCUAGACCCUGGUGAUGACAUAACGUCCAUCCAGCAGGAGAUUACGAUGAUGAAGGAGUGCAAGCACAAAAAUAUCGUGGCCUACUUUGGCAGCUACCACAGGAACACCAAGCUGUGGAUCUGCAUGGAGUACUGCGGUGGAGGGUCACUUCAGGAUAUUUACCAUGUGACGGGCCCAUUAAAGGAGAAACAGAUAGCAUAUGUGUGCAGAGAAACCCUCCAGGGUUUGUAUCAUCUGCACGAAACUGGCAAAAUGCAUAGAGACAUAAAGGGAGCUAACAUCCUUUUGACAGAGCGAGGAGAUGUGAAACUGGCUGAUUUUGGAGUAGCAGCAGAGAUCAGUGCCUCCGUAGCCAAAAGGAAGUCUUUUAUAGGAACUCCCUACUGGAUGGCUCCAGAGGUGGCUGCAGUAGAGAAGAAGGGUGGGUACAACCACCUGUGUGAUAUCUGGGCCGCCGGCAUCACUGCCAUCGAGCUGGCUGAGCUCCAACCACCCAUGUUUGACCUCCACCCAAUGAGAGCACUGAUGUUGAUGUCCAAGAGCAGCUUCCAGCCUCCAAGACUAAAGGAUAAAACCAAGUGGUCUGCAGGCUUCCAAAGCUUUGUGAAGAUGGCUCUCAUUAAAAACCCUCGUAAAAGGCCUUCAGCUGAGACACUGCUGCAGCAUCCGUUUGUGACACAGCUGCUGACCCGUAAUCUGGUCAUUGAGCUGCUGGACAUGGCCAACAACCCUGAGCUCCACACCACCCAUACACACAGCAUGGACGACAACGAGCUGGAGGUUGGGGAAGUGGCUCCUGACAAGAUUCAGUCAGCAGGGAAACACCUGCCUGUAGAGAGGACCCUGUCUGAAGAGCAAUUUGACCAAGUGAAGUUUGGGCCUCCGCUGAGGAAAGUCACAGAGCCUUAUCCUGAUUUGCAGGGCCCUUAUGAUGAUGACUGGAAUCUGUCUGGAGAUGAAGACAACUCACCGAGCCUGCUGGAAUGUGUGGAGCAAGCUCUGCAGCUGAGGAGUUUAACCAUUAGGAGGGCGCCAUCUACUGAUGGCGGUAGAAAGAGUGGUUUGUUCAGUCCGUCUACAGCCUCCCUGCCGGCCUUCAGCUCUUUAACUCCCAGCGAAGAGAACAGAGACCUGACGCUGAGGCCGAGCUGUACGCUGGGCCCUGACACUGCCAUCACUGCUGACUCCACCUCCGCUACAGUGUUGGCCAGGUGCUCGGCCACGCAGGACAUCAGACAGCGCUGCAGUGAUCCAUGUCUGCCUGCGGGGGGCGCUGUAACAGCAGAGAAGACGAAGGUUACCACUGUUUCCUCUCCAAAAAGAGAGACACCACUGUCACCUGAAUGGAGCACACUGAGGAAAAAGACUGAGGACUCUAGGGCUGAUUGUCAUGGACUUCCUCCUACCCCUCAAGUCCAUAUGGGAGCCUGCUUCUCCAAAGUCUUCAACGGUUGUCCUCUUAAAAUCCACUGUGCUGUCACCUGGAUUUUACCCAAGACAAGAGAUCAGUACCUUAUUCUUGGGGCAGAGGAGGGCAUCUACACACUGAACCUUAAUGAACUUCAUGAAGAUACACUAGAAAAGCUACUCCCUCAGCGAUGUACAUGGCUAUAUGUUAUGAACAACGUGCUGAUGUCUGUAUCAGGGAAGUCUUCCCAGCUUUAUUCCCACAGUCUGACGGCUCUGUUUGAACCGAGAGGAAAUCUCCAGAAGAAACACAGCAGUCUGUCACUCAGCACCAACCGCUUCACUGAGAGGAUCAGCGCCAGAAGGUUUGCCAUAUCUGUGAAGAUUCCCGACACUAAAGGCUGCAGGAGAUGUAGUGUAGCAAGAAACCCAUACACAGACAGUACAUUUCUAUGUGGGGCAGUUCCAUCUGGCCUGGUUCUCCUGUUGUGGUAUGAGCCUCUGCAGAAGUUCAUGCAUCUAAAGCACAUAGCGAUUAGGCUACCAGACCCUCUGCCAAUAUUUGAGCUGCUGGUGUUGGUGACAGAUGAGUUUCCCCAGCUGUGUGUUGGGGUGAGAGACUGCAGUAAUGGGAAACGCCCAAUCAGCCAACAGCUCAAGUUUGAUAUUAUAGAGCUGAACAGCACGCCUGUUUCAGCACCAGAUAGUGGAGCACUCAUGGCAGUACAGAUAACCCAAAUGGACAGAGACACUGUUCUUAUCGCAUUAGAAAAAACUGUUAAGAUUGUGAACCUCCGAGGGCUUCCAUCCAAAGAGCUGGCUGCUGAAAUGGUCUUUGACUUCCCCAUCGAAACUCUAGUCUGCUUACAGGAUAGUGUGCUGGCUUUCUGGAAGCAUGGCCUUAAAGGGAAGAGUUUUCAUUCAAAUGAGGUUACGCAAGAAAUUACAGAUGAGAGUCGAGUAUUCAGAGUUUUGGGAACAAACAGGGACAUUAUCCUUCAGAGCACACCAACAGAUGACCCCUCAGCACUGAGCAACCUGUACAUCCUGACUGGACAUGAAAGCAGCUACUGAGAGAAAAUGGAUCAACUUCUUCAAAACUCACACUGACGAGAAAUGCAAUCUGCUCUAUAAGCCCUGUGGUGGAAACAGUGUCCUCCUUGACUGAAGCUGUAGCAGACACCAGCACCAACUGAUCACUGACCAAUUCUCGCUGUGAAUGACACAUGUCAGUAUGGGAUUCAGUUGCCUGUCCAGACUUGAACUGUAAGUUGUUGGGAAACGUGUGUAAGAUAGACUUGUCACGUUGCUAAGUGAGUUUCUAACUCUUGGGUUUUCUAAUUAAAGUUACAAAAGCUUUUCAUGUAAAAACAAUUCAUGUCACCAGCCUAAAUCACAGUGUGACUGCAGCAGGGAAAGCAGUUCCAUUCCUGCUAAUUGAGAUGCCAUAGAUCCACUGCUGUCAGUAUGGACCGUAGACUGUAGACAAACAUGGACAUAACAUCUGUGACAGCACACAUACGUUUCUGAACUGAUGUUUUGAAGCUUUUAUUUUGGUUUACUGUUUGCUGCCAUCUUUGUUUGCCAAACUGGAACCAGAACAUACGAUGAAGUGGGAGGACAACUGGGAGGAACUGACGGAUGAGCACGCUGAGUGUGAUGAGCUGAGACUCCUGUAAAUCAAUCACAUGAAUAAACCUUAAUAUCCCCUUAAAGUAAUAACGAUUCUCAUAAUUCUCACAAAGAUGCACAGUAGAGUGAUAGAAUUAAGACUUUUUCAAGGGAUUUCAGUGGAAUCCGACACUUUUUGGAGCCAGCAUCUAUUGACCAUUGGUGGAACUGCAGCUUAGGACAGUUGGACUUAGCCAUAGAGGUUGCCUUUUUUGGGGUAUAUGCAUACUGGUUUCUCGACACAGUAAUUCUGCGUUCACGCCAUAUUGAAGUUACCGUAAUUACCACUUUCUCGUAAAUGCCAUUCACGUCAACAUCCAGUCACUGAGUUGUCUAAUGACGUGAAUGCGCCCAGGUUGUAGACAUGGGAGUCAAUGGAGCACUAAGGGUUCUUUCUCACCCUCAAACAGAAUCAAACAUUCGCCACUGUUGACUUGAAACGUGGCUAUGAAAAGUUUGUAGUUUGCUACAGGGAGGACAGCAGCUGUAGUCGACAUUACCAUUCAAAAUGAACAAAAAUGAACAUCUGAUAGUUGUUAGCAUAACCCCAACCUCUUUGUGUCCCACCGGUCCAACUUUGAAAAAACUGUGGAGGAAUAAUGAAUGCUAAAGUGUAAAACUGAACCAAAUUCCAACCCUACUUCUGAGUUCCACUUAGCUUUCAGCACUCAGUGUAAUUUCUCAUAUAAGGCUUCUUUCACCAUUCUCUGAAAAUCUGAAACUGAAAUUUCAACAAUUACAGUUAGCAUGAGGCUAUUACUGGGAUACUGUAUGUUGUUGUAUGCUAACUCAAGAACUGACAAGGUGUUAACGUUUGACUAGCCAGUACAGUAGUAGAUACUCAUUUCUCUUAAAAUAUGGACAGAGAUACACAGUGUCAUGUUUUUAGGAAGACAUGAAAGAAACCCUCCACGAGAAAAUACAUUAUCUGUUUGAAGCUAGCUUAGAAAGCGGACAGGGCUGCGAUUCUAUACUGUCACCGAUGAAACACCAUGUCAGUGAUAUUUAGAUUUUCAGCUUGAAUGUUGCAGAGUGUGUAACCAAGUUAACUUUUCAAAUUUCUUUUCAAGCAUUUACAUCACGUGUCACCAUGUUGAGACAGCUUCAGAGCUGAGAAGUCCUGUUCAGGUUUCUGAAUAUGAAGGCUCCUUCUAUUGCAGUCAGUUACCCACUGGUGCCAAACACAGCUUUAAUUCAUCUUAGACAUAGGCUAAAUGUGCAUUCGAUUACAUGAGGUGCCAUAGAAACUAAAUGCAAUUAAGUUGUACUUCUGCUUGUUUGACUAAAAUGUAAAUUCCACUACUAUAGAGUUUUGUGUGUAAUGCUAUUUAUGGUAUUUAUGGAAAGGGGAUUAUAUAAGUAACACUCACCUUUCCCUGAGAGAUACUUGAAAGAUAUAAUAUGCAUAUGGCUAUGGCUAAGAUAUUUUUAUUGUUAUUGUGUAUAAAUUUAUGUAUAUAAUAAUACAGUAUGCUCUUACAUUAUGGUAUGGGGUUGUAAUAUGCAAAAUAAAGAUCUUUGUCAUGACAAAGAUCCACUUAUAAUCUCAAUAGAGGUUUGGUAAGAUGUCAGAAUACAACGGUCAUAGCAGUUUACGUAUGUUUGUGGUCGCCUUAACUGGGGAAACUGAUACUGAUGCUCCUUAAACAAGUUAUUGUACAUGUGAUAUCAAAUAAACCAAAAUAAACUUUAUUUUCCAUUUCUGAACAGAAAGCACA